CUGGCCAGGACCCAAAUGAAAUACAGGAUUAACUUUGCCCUAUGUGUUUUUGCUGGCUUGUAGCUGUUAAGAGUCAGUGAAAGCGAUUUAUCAGUCAGUCUCGGAGGAGCUGUGCCUGUAGACAUGGGAGCCAAGCUGCUGUGCCUCUUCCUCAUCUCUGUCCUUGUUGCUUACUACGUCUACACCCCCAUCCCCGAGGACUUUGAGGAGCCCUGGAAAGUGAUGCUCAUCACGGCUGGCUUCAGGGCUGUUGGCCACCUGUCUGAGGUUGCUGAUCAGCUGGGUCUGAUGCACUAUAUGGAAGCUCUGAUGCUGAUCACAGCUGCUGAAUACGUCGCACCCACGUCUGAUGAAAACGUCACUGUGACAGACACGGAGUUCAGCAAUGUUGCCGUCCGUCUGUACCUGCCCAGAAAGCCCUCUGAUGGGCUGAGAAGGGCUGUGGUCUUCUUCCAUGGUGGAGGCUGGUGCGUAGGACAGGCAGGCAUGAAAUCCUAUGAUCAUCUGACAAGAUGGACUUCAAGCAGGUUAAAUGCUGUUGUGGUAUCCGUCAAUUACAGGUUGGCACCUAAAUACCGUUUUCCUGUGCAGUUUGAAGAUGUAUAUUCGGUAACAAAGUUCUUCCUCCAGAGCAGCGUCCUCUCCCAGUAUGGGGUGGACCCAGAUCGGGUCUGUGUUGCAGGAGACAGUGCAGGUGGCAAUUUAGCUGCAGCUGUGGCACAACAGCUGUUAGAGGACUCUGAAGUCAAAACUAAACUCAAAGCCCAAGCUUUGCUUUACCCAGCUCUUCAAACCCUUGACCUGAAUUUGCCAUCUUAUCAAGACAAUGAAAACAAGCCCAUUUUGCCCAAGUCGCUUAUGGUCAAGUUCUGGAGUGAAUAUUUCACUUCUGAUUCAUCUCUCAGGGAAGCGAUGGCCUCCAACAGGCACGUCCCGGUUGAAUCGAGCCACUUGUUUCAGUUUGUAAACUGGAGCAAUUUGCUGCCUGAAGAGCUGAAGAAAGGUCAUGUUUACACCAGUCCUGCUUACGGAAGCUCUGAGCUUGCACAGAAGUACCCAGGGUUUCUGGAUCCGAGGGCAGCCCCGCUGCUGGCGAGCGAUGGCCAGCUACGUGGGCUGCCCCUCACCUAUGUCCUCACCUGUGAGCACGAUGUCUUACGGGAUGAUGGAGUCAUGUAUGCCAGGCGCCUCCAGGCAGUGGGCGUUCCUGUCACACAUGAUCAUGCCAAGGAUGCUUUUCAUGGGGCAAUGAUGUUUGUCUUGGGUCCAACUGAGUUAGCUGUAGGGCACCGGCUGUUGAACAGAUAUAUUGAGUGGUUAAAUGAGAAUCUGUGAGUUGAAUAUGUUGCUCUAGUAUGCCUGGCUUGUGUUCACUGGGUGUGACUGAGGAGGGUAGGAGAAUAGGAGCUAUGUGAGUUUUGGGGCGUGAUUGCCAUCUUUGUUGUGUUGCCCUGCAGUGCCUGGAUUACAGUGUUUCUCACCUUGUCUGGCAGGAAAAUCAGUCUGAUUUAUAACCUAAGUGUUCUUUCAGUGCUAUUGUCUGAGCUCAGAACCCCAAUAACCACCAGGUCUGCCCUGGAAUUUCUCUCCUGGCCAAGACCAGAAGGGUUGGUGUGCCCAACCCUGCCUGCACGCUGACUGGGCUCACGUAAGCCCCCGGCUGGAACAGCGUGUGGGACCUGAUGUCUUGUGUUAGUUGCUUCUUGUUUCUUCCUAUCUCAAUGUCUUUAUAUAGCAAGUUUGUGCAAAUGGGCAACACAGCUGUUUGCACAUGGGUGGCUGCUUGGUGGCUGCUUGCUCCCUUGUCCUGCAGACAUGCUGGCAAGGCCCCGCUGCUGCCAGUGGGCAAUGGGGUGAGCAACAGUGCACGGACCCGACUUAAUGAAGUAAAAGGCAGCUUGUGAAACCCUGCCCUUUGCAUGCAGCUGCUGGGUUUAUGCUGUUGUCUCUCUCCAGCACAGUUUGAGGGAAGCACUUGAAAACCCAAUGGGAUAGCUGUACCACAGUGUAAAUGUUUGGUUGUUGAGUGGGUUGUGGGGUGGGUUUUGUUGUUGUUUGGGUUUUUUGGGUGGGUGUUUGUUUUGUUUGUGUUUGGGGUUUUUUUAAGCAUCUGUCUGUCUUGAUAAUUACUUUCUCUAAUCCUUGUACUGGGAGGAAAUAGUGUUAGAAAUCAGCACUGAAUAUUCAUCAGAUAAAGGAAGGCUGUGAAGGUCCUAGCCCUACAAUACCACUGCUGUAUGUUUUAUGCUUUACUUAUUUAAUAAGUUAUGUAUUGUGUAUUCUAAUUAUCCUUAAAAUUGUUCAGUGGUUUUUACAUAUGAUUUUAAAAAAAUAAAAUUAGCUUAGUAGCUUUAUAGUUUUGAAAAAGGAACACAGUUGCACUGUCAGUCUUGAACAAAUGUCCUCCAUAUAAAUGUUUUCUGUAUUAAAUAUAAACCCUAAAAAUUUUGAAUUAUGAAAGCACAGAUUGGUUGGCUACUGUUUUUAAACUGAUCACAACACACUGGAAACAUGUACUUCUAGCAUCCUGCUUUUUUCUUUUGCAUAAAAGAUACUGAAUCUUCAAUAAUUGCUCUUGAUUUUUUUUCUGAGUGGGUGUGCAGCCUGUUUAGAUGGAAUGUAUAUGGAAUGAUUGCCAUAACUUUCUUUUUCAUCUUUAUUAUGUUGAAUAGAAAAUUUAAACUUGUCUUCGA